ACACACACACACACACACACACACACACACACACACACCUCAUUUCUGUGCUCUUUGCUCACGUUUGUAUUUUGUCUUUGACAUUGGAGGGGAAGUAGGUGUUUUUUUAUAUUUUCUCUGAGUCCUUGUAGAGACUCACAGGUUGACAUCAGAUUGCAGGCGGCCUCACCGACCAACACUCGGCCUUUGUUCCCUCUCUGCUUCCUGUCUGACUGUCACUGUGUGUUUGACUUUCAGAGGAACAGCAGAACUUCUCCUCGCUGACUGUCGCCUGCUUUCUUUCACUGAUUCGCCUGCUCUUCCCUGAGAGGAAAAGGUUCUCAAAGCAGCAAAUAAGGAAAAGAAAAGCCACUAUGUGCUGUACGGGGAAGUGUGCCCGCCUGGUGGGCCUGAUCCUGCUGCCGUCCGCCUUCAUCUGCAUGAUCUCCAACCUGCUGCUGUUCUUCCCCGACGGCAACAGCCUCGACAACGACCAGAUCUCGCUGCAGGUCUGGCUGAUGGGGGGGCUGAUCGGAGGAGGCCUCUUUAUGCUGUGUCCGAGCUGCUCCGCUAUCAGGGCCGGGGGCAAGGGUUGCUGCGGGAACGGUUGCUGUGGCAACCGUUGCCGGAUGCUGAACUCUGUGUUCUCGUCUGCGUUCGGCGUGGUCGGAGCCAUCUACUGCACCAGCGUGGCCUCGGCCGGGCUCGCCAUCGGGCCCAAGUGUCAGCUGGGAGACGGGAAAUGGGAUUAUCCCUUUGAGGACACUGUUAACGGCAGCUACCUGACCAACCAGACCAUGUGGUCAACAUGUGCCUACCCCGACAACGCCGUGAUGUGGCACGUGGUGCUCUUCUCCAUCCUGCUGGCCAUGGGGAUGGUGCAGCUGGUGCUCUGCGGCAUCCAGGUCAUCAACGGCUGCCUGGGAUGCAUCUGUGGGGACUGUAGAGAUAGGAAAGAGGAUGAAGGCGGAUUGUGAACGUGAACAACAUCUCCUGGAUGUAACCCUCCGUCACAACAACCAGGAGGCAUUUCAUUUUGUUAAUAUUCAGGAAUAUCUCUAUGUGAAAUAAGCUCAGUUUUUCUUUUUUGUGUCACACCAAGUCACAAGAGUCUUAGAUUACUCCAUUACUGUAUGACUUUUAUUCUCAGUCAUGUGUAUUGUCUGACCUGUUUCUAGAUGAAUUACUUAAUUAAUUUCUGUUAAGACUCAACAGUGAACAUAUGUGGAUGAAAGUGUAAUUGUACAUAAUUAUUUGUUUUAUGUGUCUGGGUUAACCCUUUGAUGCACAACAUGGGUCAAAAAUGACCCGCAUUCAUAUCCCAUGUUAUUUAAUGCUGCUGUGUGUUUCUGUGCUCUAUCUUUUGAUAUCAACUUAUUCCAUGAUUGAAUAUUCCAAGUAUUCUUUAAAUAUCUUGUUUUUGAUAACAACUGAUCAUUAUUUCCAUUUUGCCUCUCAUACUUUAUGAAGAAAAUCAGUUUUUGUGUUAUUACAUAGCUAACUACUUGGAUAAGUAGCUUGCUAAGCUAACUAUUUAGCCAAGAACUUAGCUAAGUAGUUAGCUUAGCAAGCAACUAGCUAACUACUUAGCCAAGAAGUUAGCUAAGUAGUUAGCUUCGCAAGCUACUUAGCUUAAUACUUAGCCAAGAAGUUAGCUAAGUAGUUAGCUUAGCAAGCUACUUUAGCUAAAAAUGUGUAUGGGUCAUUUUUCACCCAUGUAAUGCAUUAGAAGAGUAGUGACACAAAAAUGGACUUUAUUGGAAAAUGAAUAAAAGGAAACAUAAAAUUAGGACGUAUGAUGAUCAAAAACAAACUAAUUGAGGAAAACCUGGAAUACUGAAUGAUGAAAAUAAUUUAUUGCAAAGAUAUAGAAGAUAGAAACUCAUACAUAUCGGGUCACUUUAGACCAUGUUGUGCAUCAAAGGAUUAAAUAUACUGUAUAUCAGGUGAAUGUGACAACACAAAAAGCUGGUGAAUUAAAAUAUUUACAGUAUAUUAAACAAUUUGCUUUGUUUUUUUAAUGAUUGGAUUCAUGCAUAAUUGUUGAAAUGCCUCACUAGGGUUCUAUCUCUGUGACGACCAACAUUAAAAUCAGUUUUUAUGUGAACUUUGACGUUUUUUCUUGCGUCACUGAUAUUUACGGAAACUUGUGCACCGACUGCGUUACUCACUAACUCU